AUGGCACCGACGAUAUGCGAGAUCUGCAGAGAAUCGCGGGCAGCAGUGAUCCGCCCGAAGAACUCGCAGAAGAUCUGCAAACAAUGCUUUCUGUCCGUAUUCGAGGCCGAGAUUCACGACACCAUCGUGAGUAACAAACUGUUCCACCGCGGAGAACGUGUUGCCAUCGGCGCAUCUGGCGGCAAGGACUCGACGGUUCUCGCUUCGGUCUUGAAGACCCUGAACGAACGUCACGACUACGGCCUAGAUCUUGUGCUCUUGUCCAUCGACGAAGGGAUCAAGGGUUAUCGAGACGACAGCCUUGAGACGGUGAAGCGGAAUGCCGUACAGUACGAAAUGCCCCUCGAAAUUGUCGGAUACGAUCAGCUCUAUGGGUGGACAAUGGACCAGGUCGUCGCCCAGGUAGGCAAGAAAGGCAAUUGCACCUACUGCGGUGUAUUUCGCAGACAGGCGUUGGAUCGAGGGGCUGCAAAGUUGGGCAUCAAACACGUCGUGACUGGUCACAAUGCUGACGAUGUUGCUGAAACCGUCAUGAUGAACCUGCUUCGUGGCGAUCUCCCCCGACUUGCCAGAGCGACUUCUAUCAUGACCUCCAGUUCUGCGAGCGAGAUCAAGAGGAGUAAGCCACUAAAGUAUGCGUACGAGAAGGAAAUCGUUCUCUAUGCUUACCACAAGAAAUUGGAUUACUUCAGCACAGAGUGCAUUUACUCGCCAGAGGCGUUUAGAGGGAGCGCUAGAACGUUGAUUAAAGAUUUGGAAAAGAUUCGACCCAGCAGCAUAUUGGACAUUGUGAGGAGUGGAGAGGAUAUGGCCACGCUUGUGCCCCCUGAGUUAGCCAGUUCGACAUCUUGUGGCGCAGAAGGUGAUGAACAGACAAAUGGUUGUGGCGGGCAGAACCAGACCAGCGACUCCAUGGUCCGAUUGGAGAAGGAUCUGACCGCCAACGAAGCCGCGGCCGAACGCGAAACAGAAAUCCGGGCGCCUCAGUUAGCGGUGCAAACGAGCAUUCAUGACAAGAAGCGUCGAGGACGCCGGAAAGUGGUCAAACAGGUCAUGGGCCAAUGUGAGAGAUGUGGUUAUCUAUCCAGUCAAAAAGUCUGCAAGGCUUGUUCUCUGCUGGAAGGGCUCAACAAGAGCCGGCCGCGCACUGCCAUUGAGGUGGGAAUUGAAGAAGAAGAGGGAAGUACGACGUUGAUGAGGCAGACUGCCGGGCUGGCCAUCUCUGCUGGCUGA